UCAGGAAAAUAAUGCGAAUAAGGAAAGAAGCUAAAAGUGUUUAGUUGCCAGAAAUAGCAUAUAUAAAUUGUCUCCCCUAAUUUGAAUUACAAGUUACCUUUUAUAGGCGUAUACAAAUCGUAACCGCUAUCGAUAAUAAUGACUAAUUAAUUACAACAUUAAUACGGAAUUAAAUACAUAAUUAAUAGCGCAUUAAUUGCUUCACCGUUACUCUUUCGGGUUGGGAGGUCGGCCGGACUGGCAGGCUCCCCGCUGGGUAGGCAGGUAGGCUCCAGGUUGUGGACUUGGAUCCACGGUUCCAAAUUCGGGGCUUGGGCUGAUUAGACUCUGGGCCUAGUCUCAUUACUCAAUCAGUGGAUAUUGUGUGGUGAGAAUUGUGAAGAAGAAAGAGAAAUGUGUAAGAAUUGUGGAAGUUUUAAUUGGAACGGACGAAAAAGGAAAGUUGAAAGUUUUAAUCGAAAGGGAUGGAGUAAUUUUUUUACCAGGUCUCUGUUUACCAAGUCCACGCAGCAUUCGGUGAUUGGCUACAAAAUAUGUAAUCAUUCUCAUGAAUCUGCCAUGCACACUGCACAUGUCUGUAUAUAUAUCCUCUCAACGGUAUUCCCAUGUCUACUGCCACUGCGAACGGAGCCUCAGGACCACUUCUUCUCUUCAUUUCCGUUCGUCCACUUUCUAACCGUCUCUUUCAAUCUCCACCGUCCGAUUUCAUCUCUUUAUCCCGGAUACCCCAUUUUACCCCUACAACUUCUCUCUAACUCCCAUUCUACCCCGUUCUCCUUUUCUUCUGCAACUAAUUUCUCACUCUUCAGUGUGAGUGAGUGCCAAGAAUCACUCGCUUUCCAAUCCCAAGCUAUAUAUAUAAAUACACGCACAUAUGCGUACUGUUAUUUUUCAGUUUCCGCAGUUCUGUUAGAGAGGUAAGAGAGAGAGAGAGAUGGAAGCGUACUUGAGAUGCGAACGGGUUGUAAUGGCGGAGACGACGCCAAUGGCUGCGAUGGUGGAGGCUGGAGCUGGAAAUGCCGCUGCUGCGUUUAGGGGGAAAGGUGGAGAGGUGACGAUCAUCAGCUCUAAUAAGCGGAGAAAGGUAGUUUCUCUGUCCGAUCAACGCGAGGUCUAUUGUGUGUCGGAGUGCUCUGUUUCUCCGGCGUCUUCCUUGCCGGAUUCAGAGUGCGAGGGCUCAUGUUACGCGGAGAAAAGUGCUUUGGAUCUGAAGGAGAAUGGUUUUGAGACGGCCGAUACAGCAAAUAGCACCGGCAGAUUCAGCGGAGAGACGACGGCAUCGACUGGACUUAACCAAGGAGACUCAGGAACAGAGGUGGAGUGCUCGAAGAAGAUAUCAACGGCGGAGAAAGCUUCAUUGGCAGGGGGCAGAGAUAAUACACCGUCUGCGGCAGAGAUUGAAGAGUUCUUCUCGGCUACUGAAAAGUACCAGCAAAAAUUGUUCAUGGAAAAGUACAACUACGAUGUAGAGAAGGACGUACCUCUGGAAGGGCGGUACAAGUGGGUUCCAUUGAAGCCCCCUUGUUCCCAGGCGAUCAUCAAAGUCUGCGAAGACGAACAGUUUAGCCGCAGUUGAUGAUUAUCUUAAUCCAUCAUUUGUCCAGUUUAUUUCCUGCUCACUAGCUCUAGCUACUUACUUGAUCUUAAUUAUAUUUUUUGUUAAUUAAUGAUCAGUUGCACACGAUUAAUCGUACAAAUCCUUCUUCCAUUUGUUUGAAGAGUAUGUUUUUCCAACAUUUCAGUUAUAUCAAUAUCAAUUAGGACAUUCUAAUCUAAGCUAUCCAUUUGUAAAUUUACAAUGAUUAAUCAGGAUUAAGGACUUUCAUUAAUUUAUCAA